CCCUUCCCCUCUCUCUCCACCGCCCCUCCCCCACCUCCCCGCGCACUCACCGCCUGCAACUACGGCCACCGUCCAGCUCCCCUCUCCUUUCCUCUCUCUCUCUCCACCGUCCCUCCCCCUCUCCCCGCGUACUCGCCACCAGCGACCACUACCGCCGUCCGGCUGCCUUCUCUCUUCCUCUCUCUCCACCGCCCGCCCCAUGCGUACUCACCGCCGGCGACCAUGGCCAACGUCCGGCUUCCCUCUCCCUUUCUCUUUCUCCACAACAUGGGUAUUUUGGUCUUAAACCUUCUCAAUGUGGCAAUAUAUCCUCAAGAUAACCUAUUGAGUGAUAUUUUAUCCUUUGCAUCGUAGUGGAUGGCAUUUUAUCGAAAUCCAACUAAUGGAGUGAGUCAGUUCAUCAACAUCUUCAAAUAGUAGUUUUUUUUUAAGAUAACAGUGAGAUUUUUAUUGUUGGCAAACAAUGGAACUUCUACAAGAGAAGAACAUACAUGUCAGCCAAAGGGAUGACAAGGCAAAGUGGAUAAUUGAUAACUAUAGUAAUAUUAGGAGUUUCACAGAACAUGACAUUGAGAAAAUCACUAGCAACUAUAGCACUCUAAUUGGAAAGGGUGGAUUUGGAGAAGUAUUUAGAGGGGUUCUUGAUGAUGAAGAUGACGUAGUUGCCGUGAAGAGAUAUAUCCGUGGAGAUUUAAGAGAAGAGUUCAUGGAAGAGAUAAGAAUCCAUGCUCAAAUGAGCCAUAAGAAUAUAGUGAAACUUAUAGGCUGCUGUAUAGGAAAAAAUAGACUGAUGAUGGUAACUGAGUUUAUCUCAAAUGGGAAUCUUGAAGAUGCACUUCACAACAGUGAUAUUUUCAUCCCUUUGAGUACACGCUUGGGCAUUGCAAUGGGAUGUGCAAAAGCAUUGAGCUACAUGCAUUCGAUGCAUUUAUCAAGUAGCAGCCUUAUAUGUCAUGGCGAUAUUAAGCCUGCAAACAUUCUUCUUGAUGCCAAUCUUACAGCAAAAGUUUCAGAUUUUGGAAUCUCAAAGUCUCUCUCAGGAGGCAUCACCCGAUGGACUUCUAAUGUUAAAGGAAGUAUAGCUUACAUGGAUCCUAUAUAUUAUAGAGAAGGCCGUGUUACCUCGAAGAGUGAUGUCUAUAGCUUUGGAGCUGUUCUGUUAGAACUUAUAGCUCGAAAAAGCAUGAAAGAAGGGGGCAUAAGUUGCGAAGCUUUCCGUCAAGCUUGUGCAAAGGGAAAAGGACUGAGGGAACUGUUGGAUAUAGAAAUAGCAGAAGAAUGCAAUAUGAAUAUUCUUGAAGAAAUUGCAAAAUUGGCAACUAAGUGCAUGAUAGUCGACAAUAUUAAAAAACGUCCUCAAAUGAAUGAUGUGGCUGAACACCUUCGGACUUGGAUUUUUCAAGUCCGGAAUGGUGGACAUGAAAAACCAGCUUGGGAAUCCACUUUGGAUAAAGUACAUGAUGCAUUGAAGAAAGGUAUGCAAAGCGCCGGCAUUUUCAGCUCUAGUAUAAUUUCAAAUCCUCAGAAGCACAAUUUUGGUAUUUUCAGGAGUAAUGAUGUUAGAAUUUUCACAAAGAAAGAUAUCAGUGUGAUCACAAAUAACUCCUCUCAUCUUCUUGGUAAAAGUACAUUUUGUAAUGUCUAUAAAGGAAUACUAGAUGACAAUACGUUGGUGGCAGUGAAAACUUAUUCUGUGUUUUCUUAUGAUGAGGAUCUAAGAAACAGUAUUAGCACUAGCAUAACCAUCAUGUCUAAAAUCGCCCACAGGUACAUCAUCAAACUUUUGGGUCAUUGUUCCGAUGCUGAUCAUCUUCCUAUUCUCAUAUAUGAGUAUGCUGCUAAAGGGAGCCUCAAUGACAUUCUGUACUCUAAAGAAGAUUUCCCACUAGAGUUACGUCUGAAGAUUGCAGUAAAAACUGCAGAAGCAUUAGAAUUCCUUCACUCCUCAGCAUUUUGUGUCAUCCGACAUGGUAAUAUCAAGCCAAGCAAUAUACUUCUUGACAGUAACUUAAUGCCAAAGGUUGCAGGUUUUACUUCAUCAAGGAGGAUUGCUGAAAACAACAAUGAUCAGGUCGCGUCUAUGGAAUUCACGCAUAUACACUACAUGGACCCGAUUCAUAUUCAGUCUGGGCAUUUCACGGUAAAAAACGAUGUGUACAGCUUCGGUGUCGUUCUCUUUGAACUCAUCAGCAGGAAGAAACCUGUAUAUCAUUGUCAUGACAACAAUCGUCGACUCAUCCCUGAAUUCAUCAGAGCUUACGAGACAGCCAAGAGUGGGAAGGCAAUGUUUGAUGAAGGGAUCAUGGCUGAAGAAGAUAUCGCUGUCCUUGAAGAGAUUGGGAGGCUGGCAAUGGAGUGCGUCAGCUUGGAAAUCGACGGAAGGCCGACGAUGAAGGAAGUGGCUGAACGCCUUAAGAUGAUCAGGAGAAUGAAGGAGAGCUCAGCCAUGGGAGCAGCGAGAUGCUAACUGAAGCAGAAGCUAUAGAAGGCUGUUGGCAUCGCUGAAACCGAAGAUGAAGCCAACUGAUGGGCCACAACUGAUUGUUCCCUUUCAGUCUUUCACCUGAGAGAUCGUUUACAGAGUAUCAUCAGAAACAUAGUGUGUACUGUUUGGUUGUUAACUGUGUUAUAUAACAUACUGUAUUCUCUAUUGGCAGUUUGUCACCAUAUAUAUAAGACUAUAUGGACUAUUUUUGGUUGUUGGUUUUGUAAGCCGUUGUCGUAUUGUUUUGUCUGUUGUCAUCAGAAGUUCAGAGCAUCA